GUCUGUGUGUGACCCCAUAUUGGUCUGUUUCCCCACCAGGUAUUACUACAACAAGAGAAUCCUCCACAAGACCAAAGGGAAGAGGUUCACCUACAAGUUCAACUUCAACAAACUGGUCCUGGUCAACUACCCUUUCAUAGACAUGGGCUCCACAGGUAGUGGUGUUCCUCAGAGUGCUCCACCUUUGCCUUCCGCAGCCGGAACUCAUUUCCGCUUCCCACCGUCCACGCCAUCCGACAUGCUUUCGCCCAAUGAGGACCUGCGUAGCCCCGGGGGCGUGUUCAGCGCCGUGGCUCGGCGCAUGGCUCGCGGCUCGGUCAGCGACUGCAGCGAUGGGACCUCCGUCAACUCUGAAAUCGAGGACGGCAACGGGGGAGGAGGGGAGGAGAGGGGGGGAGAGAGAGGGCUGAGUGGAGGAGGAGGAGGAGGGCCAGGGGGAGGAGGAGGAGGGUACAGGAGUAUGAUCCACCCCCGUUUGUCCCAUGAGUCUUUAUUCAGGAUGUAUGGCGGAGCAGGGAACCCCAACGCCCACCCAGGCUCCCGCGGCCCCCUGGGACACAGGGUCCACCCCGACAACCUGUCCCCCUUCCCCGUGUCCCCCCUGCCCGGCCCUGGGGGUGCAGGGCUCUUAGCCCCACCUCUGUCCCCAGCCCUGCCCUUGACGCCCUCCUCCCACCUGCCCUACACCCCGUCCCCCUCCCUCUCCCCCAUGCUGGGCUCCCACUUCUCCUUCAACCCUGAGGAAAUGAAGCGCUACCUGCAGGCCCACCACCAGAGUGUCUACAACUACCACCUCAGCCCCAGAGCCUUCCUCCACUACCCCAACGUCAUCAUUCCUCAGCCACACCGCCUCGCCCAAGACAAGAGAGAACUGGGCGAGAGGGGGGGAGCAGAGAGAGGAGGAGAGAGGGGGGGAGGAGAGAGAGAAAGAGGAGAACGCUCAGGUCUGAAUAGUCAUCGACACCCAUCACCCCUGUCCCAAUCACACUCUCCUCACCCUCACUCAGCCCACCCGCACUCAGCCCACCCCCACCCUCACUCGGCCCAUUCCCAUUCCCACCCCCACCCCAUCCACCACCCACUGCACCUGGGUGAGGAGCCGCCUAACCUCUCACCCUUCAAGUUCAAGCUGCAGCCUCCUCCAUUGGGCCGGAAGCAGAGGGACGGUAGCCAGGGCCACCACCCCAGGCAGAGCUCACUGUCCUCGGGCUCAGGGUCCCUGUCGUCCUCCGGUCUGGGGUCCUCCCUGUCCUUCGGCAGUGACCUGAGCUCAGCCGGCGGGUCAGGACUCAUCUCCAACUCCUCCUCCACCGGCUCCCUCAACAGCACUGGGCUGCCCAAGAUCAAGGUGGAGCCCAUCUCAGACAUUGAGUCAGAAGAGGAGGUGGAGGUGACUGACAUCAGCGAUGAAGACCCCGACGACCGGGGCUACGAGUACGACCUCUUCUCCCCCCGACACCCCCGGCCUCACCCCCACCACCCCAACGGGACCUCCUCCCACCCACACCCCCACGACGAGGACCUGGAUGAGGAUGUCUUCAAGGCCCCCGCGCCCCCUCCUCCAGGCCUGCUGCCCUUCUUCACCUCCCACCACCACCGCGGACCUCCCACCCUGAAGAGUGAGCCGGCCGAGCCAGGCGACACCCCCCCUCCCCAAUCCCCCGCCCAGGGGCAGACCAAGUGCAUUCCCCUCAAGCUGCGCUUCAAACGGCGCUGGAGCGAAGACCAACGAAUGGAAGCCAUGGAAGAGCAGGACGACAAGAAAGUACGAGGGGAGAAGGAGAGGGAAAGAGAGAUGGAGAGGAAUGGAGGGAUGCAGGAGAACGGGGCUGGCAGCGCCCCCAGUCCCCCAGCCCUGGGGGGGUAUGAGUGUUCCCUCCUGUCAGCUCAGAGGGGGGUGAACCAGGACCUGCACCAGGCCACCGCCCAACUGUCACUGGAGAACAAGGACUGCUGAUGCUGAUCCACACACACACAUAGGGAUACAUACAAACACUAAUGCUAGCAGACAGUGGUGGUUUAGGACAGUGUAAAUGACUCCUGUAGUCCUCCUGCCUCUCUGGCAGACAGUUCUCUCCUAACUCAAACCAAACCUGGGCCUAAUCAAACUCCAAACCCUGAUGCAGUCCACACCCUCCUCCCAAAGCCCUUACCUCCUACUGUAACGAGACCCCUCCCUCAGAGACUGUUGAAGAAAAGAGUGGAGAGGGGACUUUUGGUCCAAGCAAGCCCAGACUCAGUGACUUAAACCAGGGGAAGAACCAGAGGGGACGCUACUCUCUGCUUGUGUCUGGAUGGAACCACCAAGCCAGUUUCCUGUCCAGCCCACCGUCAGCCUCAUAUCCAGCCUCCAGCCCACCACUGCCCCACAUAUCCUGACCCAGCUCUUUUGCCUCACCUUUCCUGCCUUCUGGCCCCCCCUCUAGGGUUCGAGUCUGUCUUUCUCCUCAGGGGACCCCCUCAGACAGCCCAGCUCCACAGCCCUGCAGACAUGGAGGAUGAGAUUUCUCCCAUUUUAUUUUUGUAUAGAGAUGAAGACGGGGCUUCUACAAGUGCCUGUACCUGCAUCAAACACACACACAGAGACAGAGAGAGAAGACCGAGAGGAGGAAAGCAUGGGUGGAAGAGUAAGACCCUGAAGAAGGCACAGUGAUGCCGAAACGUUGGUGAUUUACCCAUUAAAUGACCGGGAGUUUAUACAUAGUGUGCGACUCUAUUAUUUGUGUAAUAGUAUCCCCCCUGUUCUUACCCAUAACAGACACACAGGAAAGUUGGGCUGCCGAUUGGGGGCUGUGGGACCUAGUCGUGGUGAACUGGCAAAGACUCCUCCUCGCAACACUGGCCACUCCACUCAGGGAUGCCACAGACACACACACACCAGCUGCUGGUGAAAAGGGCAGUGAACAGGACUUUGGGACAUGGAAGCUUUGCUCUUGGACUGCUACUGAAGGGUACUGCUUUUCAACACACACUUUAUUUCUCUCUAACACUUCUGUCAUCACUUUUGUACUUUCCUGUCUUUCUGUAAUCUUUUCUCUCUCUCUCUCCUAAUUCCUUCCCUUGCUUUUGUGGAUCUAAAUGAGAGAAGGGAGAGGGUGGAGGAUAAACGGAGGGGGGAGGGAACAGUGGCUCGGUUGUUAGAUGACAGAGAGGAACAGCGAGGGGACCAUUGGGAGGGGGAGAGAGCUCUCCUAUGGAAAAGGAGAGUGAGGGGUCCAGUAUCUUUUAACUGUUAGCUUAGCCUAGCUUAUCCUAGCUUAGCCUUGUCUAUCCCAUGGCUGGGCAGAAGCAAGUGCCACCUUCACAGAAUCCUAGUUCACCAGCUCCACCCAAACCCCUUACUCCUGUUCUAUCAACCAUAGUCUCAUAGUGUUAACUAAACCAGCAGAAACCGCCCACAACACCAUAUAUGCAAGCACACCUGUAGACACACACACACACACACACACACACACACACACACACACACACACACACACACACACACACACACUGCCUCUCUAUGCCUUGUUUUAUAGCGUGUUUUAAACUCUUUACAAGAGUCUUAGUAAAAAAUAUAUAUAAAGCGAAAAAGUCCAACUGAGAUAUGCACAGUCAUAUAAACUAUAUAUUUAUACACUGAACAAAAAUAUAAAUGCAACAUGUUAAGUGUUGGUCCCAUGUUUCAUGAGCGGUAAAAGAUCCCAGACAUUUUCCAUACACACAA